CUACCGGCGCCUGUUUGCUGUUAUGCAUAGAUAGCUAGUAUUCUAAUAGCUUCCGACGAAAGUUUGGCCUAAAGAAGCGGCAGUUCGCGAAGAGCCUUACCACCAGCCGACCUGCUCGCCGCGCCCCAGGCGCGCAUCUCUCCUACGCCGGUCGGAGAUUACAUGUUGUGAGCAUUACUUUUAGCCCGCUUCAGACCUGAAGCGCCACCUCUGGCGAAGCGGGACUGGAUUGAGGCAGGCCCUUGGCGAGGAGAGAGGCGACGGCCUGGCAAAGCCGGGGCCCUGAUGAGCAUGCUGUGCAACUAACAGCUGUAUUAAGCCACAGCGUUUGAUUGCGAGACCGAUCGAUCGUCGGGUCAGGAACGUGCAGCCCGGGUCCCUAGAAGACCUCCUGGCGCGAAAAGCCGGAAGCGAGGAUGGCGACAAGUGUCUCAGCUCCUGAACUGGAAGCGCUCGCACAACCCGGCCUGCCAUGCAAUACAAUACCAGAGAUGGCAUGCGAGCGCCCUGAUAUAAAGCAGCUUGGAGUUGCUGAGCCAGGGGUGCUCGGCGUCGCUUCUCCAGUGCAGACACGCAGCGUGGCCCCCUCAGCGCUCCCAACCGGGGCGGGCACGUCCCCAGGCGGGGCCCCCACAGGCGCCGUGCCAGGAUCACAUCUGUCCAGCACGACCUCCAGCGAGCCAGACGAGAUGGGUUACCACUGCUCGUCAUCGCCCUCGCCCCCGCAGUCCAGCGAACCCGGGCAGGCCGCAAAUGCUCCUGGCAAGCCGGGACCGGCUAGCAGCCCGGUCUGCCCACCCGCAGCCAACGUGGCUUCCCAAACAGAGCCGCUUCCAACGCUGCCUUCUCAACCACAGCGGCCGAUUCCUGAUCAAAUUUCCCCGGAAGCUGCAGCAUCUCUACCCGCUGCCGCCGCAGCAAGCGCAGCAGCAACUGCAGCCGCAACGGCAGCCGCAACCGCAGCCGUAGCAGCAUCAGGCAACCCGGAAACAGCGCCAAAGCAGCUAUCUGCAGGAAGCGGCGCUGUCGGUCCAACGCCGGCACCCCAUGCCUUUGCAUCCACAGCCAUGGACGGGGCCCGAACAGGAGAUGCAUCGGGAUCUGGGCUACGGCCCCCGCGCGAGGGCCCGAAGGCAGCAGAAAGCCACAUGGGCCGGCAAUCGUCACAAUCGCUGCCGGCUGCGCCGCAGCCAACAGGGGGCCUGCUGGCGACGAUAGAACUCAUGCGGCAGCAACAGGUGGCGGCGGCAGCGGCAGUAGCAGCGGCUGCAGGUGCCACGGUGGCAAAGGGCUCGCCCAUUGAGGGUGGCAAGAACAUGAUGGAUGCCGCUGAUGCUGACGUCGGCCACGGCUUCGGCGAGGUGGAGACGUGCCAACUCACCAAGAAGGAGCUCGCCAUCGGGCUGCACCUGGUGCUGGGCGAGGGCAUGUCGGAGUUUGUUUCCAUGGGCGUGCAGCCGGUGCUGUUCGCCGAGUACCUGGAGCAGAUCAAGACCGCCUGCUGGGCCAUGUGGGGUGGGCCGGGCCUGCCGCCCGCCAACAUGGUCCGGCAGCGCAUGCACGUCGCGCUCACGUCGCCGCUGGCUGCGCGGCUUCUGGAGCUUGACGUGAACAACGCGCUGGCAGCCAAGGGCGUGCGGGUGGGCCCCGGCGGCGGCCUCAUGCACUUGUCGCCGCUGCCGCUGCAGGUGCCGGGGCUCCUGCCCAUGCAGGUGCCGGGGCUGGGAGGCGUGGACGCCGCCGUGAUGCUCGGCUCGCCCUCGGGCUCGCACGGCGUGGCGGCGGCCAUGGCGGCGGCGGCGGCGGCCGCGGCGGCGGCGGGCAGGAGCUGGCCGGGGGCGCCGCCGGGCGUGGUGGGCAUGCUACCGCCGAUGCAGCACUUUGGAUCGCUGGCGGCGGCGCAGGCCGGCCUGGCGCAGAUGGGUGCCGGCAUGAUUGACCCAGCAGUGCUGGCGGCGGCGGCGGCGGCACAGCAGCAGCAGCACGGCGCGGCGGAGCUGGAACAAAUCCUGUUGCGGCAGCAGCAGCUGCAGCAGCAGAAGCAGGAGUCUCAUGACGAGGCCCAACAGCAGCAGCACCUGCAGCAACAGAAGCAGCAGGCGGUGGCGGCGCACGACGAGCCUGCACCGAAGCGGAAGGCCAGCGGGGGCCGUGGCGCGCGCGGCCGCGGUGGCAGCGGCGGCAGCGGCAGCGGCAGCGCAGCCGCCGCCUCUGCUACGGCCGCCGCCGAUGCAGUGAUGGUGCAGGAGGCGGUGGGCGAUGUGACGCUGGAACGUGACGCCGACGCGGCACCGCCAGGUCGUUGGCCUUCACGGGGUUCUGGGCGGCAGCAGGGCGACGCGCAUGCGCGCAGCAGCGCCGCCGGCGCUGAGGUGGCGGGGCCGGCUGGCAAGAGCGGCGCCGUCGCAGGAGCGGCGGCGGCAAGCCUCAGUCGCUUGGAGGCAUUGAUGGCGGCGACGGAGCACGUGGCGGGGCUUGGAGGAGACGAGGAGGGAGCGCAAGAGGCGAGUGUGGGCGGCGCCGCGGCACACGGCGAGGCAGCUGCUGCGCGCGAGGCGGCACCCGUUCCCAUGGAGGAGGGCGCCGGUGCCGGCGCCGAUGAGCCAUUGGAGUGCGAGGAGGACAUUUUCAACGCCGCGGCUGCAGCCGCCGCCGCGGCAGCUGGCGCCGCCACCGCAACCGUCGGCGCGAAGCGCCGCCGCACGGCUGGCGGCGGUUCCGCUGACCUGGGCCCAGCGGGCCUUCUGGCACUUGACCGCACCGCGCUGCUGCUGCAGGCGGCGGGCGCCGCCGCCGACGCUGACCCGGAGCUGCGCGCCGCGGGGCUGGGCAGCGUUGGCGGCGCCGCCGGUGCUGCCGCCGGCACCGGCGUCAUGGGCCGCGGCGACCUGGACGGCGGCGACAGUGACGACGACGGCGGCGUAGGUGGCGAGGACGGCGAGGAUGACGGCGGCGAUCCGUGGCUCGGGCCGCCCGUUGCCCGCUCCUCCAAGGCGCGUCGCGCCCUUGCUGGCCGCGGCGCCAGCGGGAUCAGCACCGGCGGCGCUGGCGGCGCCGCCGCCGCGCACCUGCUGCUCGGCGGCGCUCUGGGCGCGCUCGUGGGCGUCGGCCGUGACGGCCGCGUGCUGCCUGACGGCGCCUACACGGCGGCGGCGGCGCUGCGCCGCGGCGGCGGCGGCGGCGAUGAUGACAUGGCCAUGGGCGACGGCGAUGAGGAGGGGGAUUACAUGAUGGGCGGCGGGGGCAGCGGCGGCAUGAGCGGCGGGCGCGGCCGCUCGCCGGCGGUGGGCGGCGGGCGGGGCUGGCCCAGCGGCAAGGUCAGCCGCGAUGACCUCAAGCAGUACUACCACCUGCAGGCUCGCGAGGCCGCCAAGCUGCUGGGCAUGGCGCUGAGCUGCUUCAAGAAGGUGUGCCGGCGGCUGGGCGUGCCGCGCUGGCCGGCGCGCAAGCUGGUGUGCCUGCACCGCAUGGCCACCACGCUACGGAGCAUGACCAACAUGAGCCCGCAGGAGAAGCAGGAGGCCAUGCGGCGUGUCAAACAGAACAUCGACGACAUUCUGGAGGACCCCGAGUGCGCCGUGUACGAGGACAUCCGCAAGCUGCUGCACGGCCAGUACAAGAUGCGCACCAACCAGCGCCAGGUCCGGGGCAAGUCCGGGCGCAGCAGCGGCGCCGCGCGGCGGCGCAAUAGCGGCGGCGUGGGCGGCAGCGUGAGCGGCGACGGCGAGGAGUGGGACGAGGAGGGCGAUGAUGAUGACAUGAUGGGGGUGAUGGGCGCAGCCGGCGUGGACAUGGGCGCCGCCGGCAUGGAGUGAGGCGCGUGAUCACAUUUGUUUGUGGAAUUCUUGAUCGUGUGUGGACAGGACAGCAUAUGGGGUAAUGGGGGCGGAUGAGACUUGCUCUGGGCUUGGGGCGUGUUCCACACACACACGCUGGGCGAGUACGGCAGUCGUCGGCAUGCUGCCGUGUCCGGUCGCGCGCGUUGGAUGCGGGUUCAGCGUGUGUCGUGGGCGCCCUGGAUGUUGACUGUAUGGUGAGGCGGGGUGUGCGCGCGCCAUGACCAAACGUAGUUAAGGACAAGACCGCGUGCCGUUGCCCUGCGGGCACGCGCGUGAGAGGCGGAGACUCGGGGAAGCCGCGUCAUUUGCGGCACAUUUCUGGUGCUGUUUGCUGUAUGAGAUUCGGUACAUUUUGAUUUCCAGCGUACAUGGCAUUUUGGUAGGUGCAAGGCCGGCCUUACUGGUAUGUCCCUUGCAUGCGGCAAGUAUCGCCCGAUCAUGCGCAGAGCACUAUGCUGGGCGCUCGGGCCGGGCGGCGCUGGUGUUGGCCAUGGUGUUUGACAAGACAAAGUGGCUCUCCCUCUCUAAGGGGCAAAGUGGACUGGGCCCACGCCAUGUUGAUGCGUAUAUGUCAGGUGCGUGUGUGUGCUGUAAAUGGCGUGUGCGCGCGCUCGUGAUUUGGCUGCGUCAGUGCAAGGCGCGCGCAUGGCAUGAGAUAUGUGGGCUUUUGCAAAUUGUUCGGUUUCCAGGCUGGUCCCACAUGGCUAGGCUCAGUACCCAGUAGGGCGUGCUUGCGGUACUUGUGAUUAAAAGGGCGUGGGGGCGUUUUGUCACACAGAUGUCGUGUUGGGAAUUUUUUUGCGUCGCGCGUGUGGCGGGACGCCCCCUGUGUAUUGCUUCGGAAGUAGGUCACCGUGAAGUAGCAACAGCGUAAACAAACGCCGCCAUCAUUGCAGGAGGGCACGAUUGCUGCUUUGCCACAUUAUAGCGGCUUAGUGUGCGCAAUGUAUCCUGUGCGGUACGGCACGGUUUCUGGUGGCAUGGUUGCACUGUGUCCUGCAGGCAGGCAAGCGCCGGGCGGUGGUGAUCAUGCUGGCGUCAGGGGCCAGAGGCAACGCAGCUUGACAGUAGCAUGAGGCGCUAGGCGUGUGUGUAUGUGCGUGCGUGUGGCUGGUGCGGGACUGUGGGAGUGUUUGUCAACUAGCCUCGGAUGGACCGGCCAUGGCAGGAACGCGACGAGAACCAACGUCUGGCGGGGCAGCGCCACUCGACACUACGGUAUACACGGAAGAGGGACGCGUGGUGAUGGCAGCAGUGGAUAGGGGUACGUGUAUGAGGCUGCCGAGUGCCAACUGGUCACUAUGACUGUGUGGGGCGGGGGACGCGAGGUGGCGUGGCCUGGACAGCGGAGCUUAGGAACACAGGAUGUGUUUAACACGUUGACACGCUAUAGCUACCGGUAGGCCCAGCGCAGGUGUAAGGGAGUGCCGUGCACUCGUGUGGCGAUGCCGUGCUGCACAAAACAGCUGCACACAACAGCUGAACACCCGCGCGCCCGCGGGAGUAGAAGGCCCUGCACUUAAUGGAGAGAGCAUGUGUAAUGCAAAUGGAGA